AUGUUGUCCAGGAUGGAGAUGAACGAUGGAACUUCUACAGGAAAUCUUCAUGAACAAGAAGACGAAAGAACCUGCACGGAUGAAGACUUAUCUGCGCAAGUUUUGUCGGAGCUCGCAAGCUUGCAGCAGCGCCGGGAAGCGCGCCCGGUGAAAUUGCCGGCUUUGGCGGAGGAAGACCUGGAGAUUGAAGUGCAGAACUUCGGCUCCGGGGCCGCAGGGGCAGCGCCUUCUGGUGCACAACAUGCAGUUGCCUCUAAUACUGGCAAAAACAAAAACGAAAAGCGGAACAUGAACGAUGAUGCGAACAAUACAACAAGUGGCACUGUACUACCUAGGACAGGCCGCGAUGCAUCAAAGCCGAAUAAAUCUUCUGCAACCUCCACGACGAAAAAUAACUACAGCAAGGGGACCACCAUGGCAGACGACGGCGUGGAAGAUCUGCACCAAACGAGAACUCCGCUCGCUAGUACAACAGCGGAAGCCACGCCGGGUUGCUCAACCACCGAAGAGCCAGCAGAUGGCACUGGUCCCACCUCGGCCGCAGGGAAGAUGAGCAAGACGAAGGACAGAACGAGAACCAUGAUCGAAGAAACUUCUUCUUCCGCACUGUCUCUGGGACAGCAGCAGCAGCAGCACCGUGGCAGCCGUGGUGUCGAGCGCGAGGAAGAGCGAGCUGCAGGGCAUCUUCAGCGUCACACUGCUCAACAUCAGGAUGAAGUAGAGGACAGCGGGUCGGAUGAUGAGGACGAGGAUAGCGAGAGCGAGAGCGACAGCGGCUCUGAGAACGUAUCAAAUGCAAAAAUGUCUGGGUCUGGAACAAAGCAACUUGUCAUGCUAAAUCUGAAUCGUGUAAAAAUCUGUGUUGCAUGAUUCCCAAAAGCUGUCCACUUUUGACCUAAUCAAGAGGCAGUUUCUCAUGCAGGAUAGGCAUGAUAGAACCCUCACAGAAUCUGUCAUGCUAUGUCCUACAUACCAGACCUCAUGGGUCAUGGAAAACCUGCAUGACAAAUCUGGCAUUCUUCCAGACCCAGACAUUUUUACAUUUGAUAGAACGAGGAAAACGACAACGAGGGCAGCGACGACGAGGAGAAUGGUACCACGACUGGGGUGGAUGGCAGCAACAAGGCUUCCAAAAGCAGCAGCCGAAACUCAGCGGCGGAGAAAAAGAAAAAUAAGCUCUCCGACCGGUGGAGCACCACGUCCAUGAAGAUCAACGCCACGUAUGUGGAGCAACGCAUCAAGGAGGCCGAGGAAAAGGGCUACGACCCCCGGUUUUCCAGCAGUGGCCAAGACUACUUUCUGGGAUCCGACCCCGACAAAAGCCUGCGCCGCCCGGUGGACCAGGUGGACCAUGACGGGGUUGCGUCGGGCUUAUGCAAUACAAAAAAAAUUAUUUACGCACAUGUACAAAAUUAAAUGCAUCACAGAAACAGACUUCGCCACUUGAAGAGAGCUGGUGAUACUUUUCAUGCUAGAGACUAUCGAAGGCAAUGCAAGUUUUAUCAUGCAGGAACGGGAUUUGCAUUUGAUUUUGGUUUGUGCGUUGUUGUGCGCGGGAAAUUUACUUUGGAUGCGCGUCGCAGACGGUCUCCAGCAUCGCGGACAUCGCAAAAGGGAUCAAAAAGGCGUUGCAGGAUACGGAGCACAUGGUCAGCAGCGCGGAGCUGGAUACAGUUCCGACUGGGCAACAUCUUCUUCAACAGCAGGGAAUGUCGAAGCUGCAGCCGGCGGCCACCGGUGGAAGAAGCAUUAGCGCAGUUGCAGCAGCUUCGAAGGCAGAAGUACCAGGGGCGACGACGGGUUCCGCCGCACCAGCACACCUCGUCGCGAGACCGAGGACCACUACUUCCGAUCAUGAAGUAGAACUAGAAGCUGCUGCAGAUAAUGUCAAUAAAAACCUGCUUUCCGCUAAUAGUGCUGGCACAGCAGGGGCUGAGGGAACGACCACACGACCGGGAGAACACCUGGGGCAGCAAGGAAGUGAAACGAAGCUGCAAAUGUUGGCGGAAGCUCCUGAUGAGCCCGACGAGGUGGUGUUCGCUUUGGAGCAACUGAACAGCAGCCUCUCCCGGAUAAAGGAAACCACAGUUGUCUCGGAAAUCUCGCCAGCUGGUGCACAAAAGCUACCAGAGUCCACCCCGCAGAGCGGCAAGAGCAGCAUAAGUGGCGUUGAUAAAAAUGAAACAGAUAGCAGUUGUGCCACCGGUUCUUCAAUAGUUGGUCCUGCUGAUGGCUCUGCUUCUACGACAACACCGUCUACGACAACCACAGUUCCCGUGGUGGGCGCCGCGGACAGUGCCACUUCUAUUACAGACGUGCUUGCCAGCUGCAAGACCGCGGUGGACCGAAUUGUCGCCGAGGCGCUGAAACGGCCGCACUUGCUGGAGCAGGGGUCCGCGCGCCAGCAAGCCGUGGAAAAGUUGGCGAGCCAAAUUCGCGACAUGCAGCUGAAUAUGCUUUGCGAAUAUGUCUGGGUGUGGAAUGCGAAUGUUGCAACUUGUAAUUCUGUCUUUGAAUUUCAAAAAAAUCUCUAUUGCAUGACCAGCAAUGUGUAUACGCGGGGAGGGCAUUUCUCAUGCGGAAUAAGCAUUAGGAAGCCCUCUAAGGAUCUGUGAUGCUAGAUCAUGCAUUACAGGCAUCAUGGACCAUACAAAAUAUGCAUGACAAACCUGGCAAUGUUCCAGACCCGGACACGUUUGCAUUUGAUUCUGAAGCACGACCAGGAGAUGCUGGAGAAGCAGCAGGAAAAAUCGGAAACGGAGCAGCGCCUGGCGCAGGUAGACCGGCUCGUCGCGCAAAUGCUGGCGAAAAAACAGCAGGACGACGAUUCGAAGCGGUUCGCCGUCAAAAUUCUGACCGCCGAAGAACUGCAACAGCAGAAAGACAAGGCCGCGGAACAGCUGCUGGGCCGGGGCGGGAGGGUACUUACUAAGUAAUCGAGAUUCAGAUUUCUAUUUCUUAUUCUCAUUGUGAAAAAGAUUUCGUUUGUUGUUGUACGUAGAAGUAGUUGUUAGUGUUUGUGCUUGUGUAGUUUUCUGGUCGUCGUGGAAUUACAUGAACGUAUCUUAGGACGAAACAACGAUCACUGGUGACGCUUGGUAGGUUGUGCUUUCAUCUUCUUCGUCCGACAUUUGCACAGUGUCAAUGCGCUGGCCUUUUUCACCUCCUGUGGCUGUGCCGCCGGCUGUUGCUCCUGUCGUGUUGAAAGUAUACAACCAAAAGCACCGUUUAUUUCCUGUCCCCAUUUUCCCAGGUCCGCGGCGAGGACGGAGAGUCGCAGUCUCCAAGUACGAAGUUGGUGAAGCGCAAGAAGAAAGUGGACAAAAACGCCGACAAGGUGCUAGCGUAUUUUGAAUAUGGAUUGCAAAAGUAUCGUACUCGUAUAAAUGCAUGACAAAUUCAAUAAAAGUUGUAAUGCGGAUUUGACUUGAGAAAGAAAUUUGUAAUGCGUGACUGCAAUACGAGUACGGGUACUGCACUUUUGCGCAGGAUAUUGAAACCAAGUACCCGGUGAUGCAGGAGGUGGUCGCGGCCUUCAGUAACUGGAAACAGGUGCACUCCGACGCGCUGGCCGAACUGAUUUGGUCGGAUCAGUCCAUUCCCGCAGAGCGGUUCACGAAAUUGAAGUCGUACCUAUGCAACUCCAAACAAGCAUCGCAGAAGUCGUGUAGUAAAUACUACUGUAGUACUACCUGUCAUGCACUGCAAAUAUCUUACCCAAUAUGAAUCAGCAUGGCAAAGAGCUGCGCUUUCUUCUUGCUGUUGAAGUCAUUUGUGAUGCGAUUUUCGCUAGUUUUCUUUUGUGCGAUCCUUCUGCUUUUGCGCUGCAUAGUCCCAGAAAAUCAACCACUUUGUCGGCAUGUGCGCGAUCACCCGGAAAAACAAUCUCGGGCGGAAUCUGCUCCGAAUGAAAAAGUACUACCCGCGAGAGUACAAGUUCUUCCCGGAAACGUGGAUUCUCCCGACCGAUAUGUCGGAUUUCAAGGCGCAAUUCCAGCAGCAGGCGUCCCGCAACCGCACUUUUAUCAUCAAGCCGGACAACGGGUGCCAGGGCCGCGGAAUUUUUCUGACGCGCGAAUGGCCCACGCACAUCGACAUGACGACCCCGCUGGUCGCGCAGAAGUACAUUGCGAAGCCCUUCCUCCUGGAUGGGCACAAGUUCGACCUGCGGCUGUACGUGUUGGUCACCGGGUGCGACCCACUGCGCAUUUACCUGCACGAAAAGGGUCUGGUCCGCCUCGCGAGCGAGCGUUACGUGGCGCCGAAGUCGAAAAAUCUGGAACGGCAGAUGGUGCACUUGACCAACUACAGCAUCAACGCGAAAAAUCCCAAAUUCCUGGAAAACGAUGACGUUGACGACGGUGCGAGCGGGCACAAGCGGAGCUUAACCGCAGUGGUGAAGUAUUUGGCGGAAGAGUACAACGUGGACACUGAGAAACUGUUUGCAGAAAUUGAGGAGGUAUAUUGAUAUAUGACUGUCGUCAGCAUUUAUUUCUACAAAGAAUAGAGUGACGGUCUUUUCCCAGUAUGUUGUUCAAAUCUUCUUGGUUUGGUGAAAAGGUUGCUGUUCAUAAACGUGAGCAGAAAUAAACAGACGAUUGCUGAUCCUGAUGCCGUUCUUGCGAGUAUGGUGAUAAUAAUUGGAAUAAACAAAACGAAACUACAGCUGAUCGUGAAGACUUUGAUUUCAAUUCAACCCUCGCUUCGCCAUGUCUACCGCUCGUGCCAGCCGGAAGAUGUGGAUAAAAACGACUAUGGCCCGCUCAACAAAUGGAAUAGUCUCAGAAGAUGGAACAGCAUGAAUUUGUGAUGCAACAAGAUCAAGAAAAUGUAUGCGGAUGACGACGAACUGUAUAGCUGUCAUGAACUAGACUACAAGGACAGAUCUGUAGUGACACUCAGAGGAGCCGCAUUGAAAUACGUUUAGAUUUAAUGUGAAGUCAAAGAUCCGCCUUUGUCAUAUGUCGUUCCAGUUGGGACGAUUGUAGUUUCAGCUGAGCAGGGCAUAGCGUCAUGUGCUUCGAGAUCCUCGGUUUCGACGUUAUUAUCGACGCGAAGGGCAAGCCCUGGCUCCUCGAGGUAAACCACGCGCCGAGUUUUGCCACGGAGUCCGAGGUGGACAGAGACGCGAAAUACAACGUGUUGCGGGACACGUUCCAAAUCCUGCAACUGAACCCGGAAAGGAGGCGAAAAUACCGGAAGGAGAUGCUGCAACGCGCGGAGGCGCGGGUGAUGGGCGCCAGCGUCAUCAAGGGCGGCAAGUUGACGGGGAACAAGUUCGUGUCCGGGCAGGGAGAGAAAGCGGCGCAGCACAGUACGAUCAACGGCGGAACUACGAGCGGGGUGGAGGGGACCGCAAAUGCAAAUGGAGCUGCCGGGGGAUCCACUGCUUCUUCUCCCGGGAAGGGAGCAGCGUCAACAGCUAGUGCGGAGGCAGCGGUGUCGGGAAAUGCGACUGCCACUGCUGGGACGUCGAACAAUGCGGCCACCGUGACUUCGUCUACUACAACCACAGCUUCCGAAUCCGGGGGAGCUGCAGCGGCGAGUGCGGACGGGGGAUCAGCCCCGGCGAGCGCGGACUCGGCAUCUGCUAGCGCUUCUACUCAGGCGGCACCUGUAGAGGAGCAAGGUGGAGUCAGUGGCGCGGGCACAACCACGGAAGGAGCCAGCACACCUGCAGCUGAGCAAGCAACCAACAACAAGGAGGAAAACAGCAACAAUAAAUCCGCUGCUAGUAGUGCCACGACAACUACUGCGCAAAAUAAGUCCACAGCUCCGGCUCCUUCCGUAGCUUCACCACUCAAGAACCACAACCAGAUAAACAAUAGCCUGCAGAAGCCCGGUGUGGCCUUCGGAAAAUCUUCUAGCAACGACCGAGAUCCCUACAACAGCCACAAUUUGGUGAAUGCAAAGAAACGGUCCGCCUUCGGAUCCACCACCAACACGUCAAGUGCCGGUGCCCAAAAUAGUAACCAGCAGAAUCAAGAGGUGCACAAGCAGGAGUACCCAACGGUGGCUGUGCCGGUUGUGCGAGAGCUCACCAGGUGCGAACAGGAGGAAGUCAGUUUGAUCGAGGGGAGUACGGGUUUCAAAAAGUUGUAUCCCCCAACGGAUAUUGAAGAGUUCGUGAAUCACUACGGAAAAUUUGUGGACACGGCGUUCGAUAUUUGGGAAACGCUGACCGGGUCGACCAGUCGGCGGUACCGGUGCCAAGACUGGAUCGAGGACCGAAAGCCGAAACAGGUCACCGAACAGCCGGCGGUAAAAAAGAGCAAGCCCAGACGGAGCUUCUUGUUGCCGAGGGAAUCGGCGAAGGACCGACUCGAGAGGGAACAGGCGGAGGGGGAGGAGGAACUGGGUAUAGAUGAAUUUUUAGAACUAGUUUUCUACACGAACUACAUCUUUCUACAUACUCUUCUCGUCUCGUCCGUCCUUACGACACUCCAAGUGUGAUGAAAAUGUUGAAUGACUCCGGUUUAUAAGCACGAAGUACACAAUAAUUAAAGUAGUCGAAGAACAAAGACAUACUGAUUGUAGUUUGCAUUUAAUGCUAUGACAAUGUCAUAGCAUCCAAAUCCAUUAGUGGUUUCGUUUGUUCCUUCUGUACCAGAACCAAGUCGAUAAAGCUUCCACUAUACCAUACAGACCGUCGCGCCCAGCACCUCCGUUCACGUGCCCGUACUGUGGCUUCCUUGCUCCCCGGCGGCGGGGGACAUCAAAACGCGGACAGCAAGCACCCACUUCUGAUCUCGAGCAAGUCCGCCGGGGCCGAUCACCAAAUGUUUCCCCAGGCGCGGAUGAGCGAAAACAACAACUCUGGAGCAGACAAUGCAACGUCGACUCCAACCACCACGGAAAUGCUGAACCGUUUGAAGGACGACCGUCCGCUCGCGAUUGCCGGGCAGGGCGUCGGAGGCGGUGGCUUAAACAAUUACGACUCGGUCAACGAGCACAGUCGUGAGCCGGGGGCGAUUGCAGCCGCGGUGGCGGAUCGCCUCAGGAACAGCAUGGGAAGUCGGAUUGGCCGAGUGAUGAAUGGCGCUGCUGGAGCGAUGAACAAUGCCUCGUCCGGUGGUGGGCAGCAAGGCGCGUCAAAUGGGACCGGUUCAACAGGAGAAAGCGAUCAACAAAACAUCGCAACCUUGAUUCAGCCGGCCUCGGUGGGCGCGUCCGGGGGGGUUCCGACCCAGUCGAUGCAGGGAUAUCGUUAUCACAACUUGCUGCAAAACCCCCCGGGAGAUCUCGGCGAGCACAUUUUGAAAACGUAUCAACCAAAAGCAUGUUAUCGUUCUUAACGGUUAUCACAGAAGAUGAAGAUUCCACCAGUCAUUUGCAUACAAAGAUUUUAAAGUAUAUUUUUGGUUGCUAUGCAAAACCAAAAGAAGCAAGUUGUGGUUGUCUCACGGCCCCGUCCGUGUUCCUGCAUAGAACAUUGCUGCAUCACAAAGUCCGUUAAUAACGCUUUUAUUCCCGGUGAUAAAACGCAGGGUCUUUCCAUCGUCGAUGCGCCGGCGAACAACGAUGGUUCUUCGGUCAGCAACAGUCGCGUUGGAACGGCGAACGCUCCGGGGAAUAAAAAUGACACCGGUUCUUCCUCCGGAGAAAACAAUCAGCAGAAUAAUUCCGGGUCUCCGGACAAGAAUUCGGAGCAAACAGUGAAGAAAGCAACCUACCGCUACGCGCACUUGAAAAUGGGCGACGUCGUGCAAGUUUUGACGAACCUGGGGUGGGAGAAAGUGGUGGUGCGGAGAAAACUCGAGAACGGACGGCUGGACAUUCUCUUCCAAGACGGGGAAACCAUGCACGACGUGAUGCCGCGCUUGCACGACAAAGUGGCGUCCGUGCUGAACUCGAGCCGGAUCAACACCCUGCAAAAAAUUCUCCCCGGCUACUAUGGAAGCGUCAGGUUUGAAAUCGUCAAAGUUGAAAUAAUUUGUAAUGCAUAAAAUGCAUGACCCGAGGUGCGUGUGUUGCAGAGCAGGCAAGUGAGGCCAAUUGUAAGCCUGUUUGGGGUUACAGCUCGAGCUGCUAAAGUAGCAUGGGAAAAUCGCUCUUCUUUGCCUAAACAGCAUGACAAACUGGAUUUAGGGAGCGCCGAAAUUUGUCAUGCGCCACUUGGAAACUGGGUUCCAACUGGCAUCCAUUUUAUGGAUGGCAAAUUAUUUCAACUUUGUCGAUUUCAACUCUGACACAUCCAUAGCUACGACAGAAACAGUACGCCGGGCGGCGGCAAUAUGGUACCGAGGACGCCAGGAGGUGCAGCGUCAAACAAGUUGGGCGGCGGGGGCAAUCAUGUUGGCGGAACAACAUCAAAUAACCACGGGCGCGACAACGCUACCUUCGGCACCGCGCCGGCCUUCGGCCAAGCCCCGCCGACCAGCGCGGGGUUGUUAGUCUCAAGCGUGCGGAGCAAUCAGAAAAUAAAUGCUGCGGGUGCUGUCAUCAAAAACGGAGCGAACGGCACGACUGCUGCACAGCACCAGGGAAGUAGUGUUCCGACGAGCGUCGUGCUUGCGCCGCCCGAUCAACAACACAGCAACAAGCAGACGUUAGCGUCUGUCGUAGGCAGUGGAUCAUCUGGUGUGGGAGGGAAUAUCAAGCCGAACACUACUUCGACCAGUACUACAGCAGACCAUCAGCAUCCGCCAGGUAGUUCAUCUACUUCAUCGCACCACAACCACUCCGCAUCGGUGGAUUUUCUGGACCCGCAACUGCACUACGCCGCGAACCGCACUAGAACGGGGCUGAGGGCCAACACCUCGUCCAGUGUGAUCUUGUCCGAUAGAGAUCAGCAACAGCAGCAGCAGCAGUUGGCGGGUGGAACGAUGAGCAAAACCCAGAUGAUUCACAACUUUGUGAAGCCGAUGGUCGUGCCCCCGCCUGCAGCGGCGAACGGCAGCAAUUUGGGCUUUGGUAGCACAACUAGCGGGGGCGUCGGCCUUGGAGCUGGUGGAACGGUGGAUAGUUCCACGCGGAAUGCUUCCGCUUCCCCGCUGCAGAGUGUCGGCGUCAGCGCUUUGCAGGCCAGUCACUUGCACCAUCAUCAGGGUCCACAUUCCCAAAUGCCGAUGCAGGUAACCUCGGUCAGCAGCAGUCCCGGUGUUGGCCACCUUGGAGGUGGAGCUGGCGUCGUUGUAUCGACGCCAGGAGGUUCAACAUCAUCCCACCCUUCACCCCUCGGCAAAAGUACGACGACCAGCAGUCCGAAUAAAAAUAUGAACCUGAACUACCCGCAGCACUUACCGCACUCGGCGAAGGCGUUGUAUGCCGGGGCGAACAGCACCCGAGUGGGCACGGGCAGCGGGGGCGCGGUGGCCGGCGGUGGAUCCGCGGCGACGUCCCGGGCGGGACAUAACGGGCAGCUAAAUCAGCUGGGGUCGAACAUCAUGAAAACCCCAGCUUGGGCGGGCAGCUUCUCGCCCAACAAGUUGGGUGAUUCGCGUCGCCGCGGGAGCCCGCAGAAGGGUCACUUUCUGGACCCGGCCAGCAUGGUGAGCGGGGGCCGGAACGGCGGGAGUUCCUCCUUGUGGGCAUCGCACUCGGUACGCGCAUCAAGGUAG